AUGGACUUGACUGAGAAGCUCCAGAAGAGAAAACUGCAGCGCCACCAUGGGGACGCUGAGGCGAGGGAAAUCCAAGCAGCCCAAUCCCAACCCCCCGAUGAAGAAGAGUACUGGAAAACACAUGGACAUGUGCCGGACAGCGUGGAAGAGCUUCUCGAUCACAUCCACGCGUCUGCCACAACGAACUGCCUGCUCACCUGUUUUCAGACGCAAUCUCAGCUCAUCCUAGAGGCCUUCCAGAGCAUCGUGAAGGCAGAUAAAGCACAAUGGCAAGAUCUGGUGGAUCAGCACAACAAGGCAACCCUUGAUGGUGGCGACGCGGAUGACGCCAUCUGUUGGCCAUUCGUGGAAUCCGCGAAGGAUUACCACUGGGCAUAUCGUCGCGGCCGAUUCUGGAUCGAGCAAGCAGGAUCUGAGGGACCCCUGCUCAUUUGGGAAGCAGACAAUGAAGAAGUUGCACAGGACCCAGAACCUUUGUUGAAGGACGUGGCGUCUCGUGGGGAUGGUUCCCGGUAUCCAACCCACUUCAAGUUCAAAAUCAAGCGUUGA